AUGUUCAAGACGCAGACGAGGAGUUGGCUGAAGCCAUCCGUCAAGGAAGUGCCCGCACAGCGAUGUCGAUGUCCGAAAAUAUCGAAAGAAAGCCCGAUCCGAUGCUGGUGCGAUGAAUACGAGCGAAUGGCAGGCGCAGUGGGAGACGGCAAGACAUCCACAGUAGGUCUACUUCGACGACGCAAGACCGGUGUUGUAUAUGCGGCAAAGCAGUUCAAGAACUUCUCCGGCAAGAAAGAGAAGACAUACGCGACCAACGUCCUUGCCGAGUUCUACAUCGCGGACGGCCUUAGGCACCCUAAUAUCAUCCAAACGUACAAUCUGUGCACGAUCGAUGGCGCUCUGAGUAUGGUGAUGGAAUAUGCACCGCAGAACUUGCUCGAUUUGUCGGCGAGUGGCAUUUUGACCGAUGACGCGGAGAACUACUUCCAGCAACUCGUCGCCGGCGUCGCAUACAUCCACAGCACUGGCUUCGCGCAUCGGGACAUCAAGCUCGAGAACGUGUUGGUCAAGGAUGGCCAGAUCAAGAUCAUCGACUUCGGCACCAUCAGCACAGGGAAGUGGAUGCCUACCGCCGACGUCGGCUCGUUGCCUUACAUGGCGCCAGAGCUGUUUUCAGCGUCGCACUAUUCCCCACAAGCUGCUGAUGUCUGGUCGCUCGCCAUUCUAUACGUCUGCAUGAUCUUGCAAAGGUUUCCUUGGUCCGCUGCGAAGGAGGACCGUCCAGCAUUCAACGUAUAUGCCUGUGCAUCGAAAAGCAGUGAUGCGGCUUGGCCUAUCACCGAGUGUCCAGCGCAUAUGCGGAAGGUGCUGAGCCUUAUGUUGCAGAUCGGCCCUAAACAAAGGCCGAUGUUGGAAGGAGUGCCAGUGCUUCUGCGGGAGUCCGCGAAGCAGGAAUGA